AAGAGGAAAAUGAUAAUAAUAAUGAAAAUAGAUUAUUAGCAAUAACAAUUCAAGACAUUAUAAAAAAAGCAAAGUUUGGUUUAACAAUAUUAAUAAUAGGACUUUCUGUAAAAGUAGUUAUUAAAUGUCAAGUUUAUAGGAUAAUCAAAGAAUUUCUUAAUGAAUCAAUAGGAGUAAAUCAUAAUGCUUAUAUCACUACUACAAGUUUAGUUGGUAAAGUUAUGACUUUUGAAAAAAUCAUAGAAUUAGCUGAAACAAGCGUAAAAAUAGCUUUACAAAGUAUAAUUUAUCAUUAUAAAAAACAAGAAAAAUAUACUCUACCU